CGCACACUUGCUGAGAGCGCCCCUGCCCCGGGCGCUUGCGUACAGGCUCCCGCCUUCCCGGAAGCGCCGCCGCGGUGCCACGUCUUCCCGCGCGCUCUUCGGUCUCGGCCGCGGCCCUGCGGACCCAGCUGAGCACCAUGGGCCGCGCUCCUCGCCCGGCCGCCGCGCUGCUCCUGCUCCUGCUGCUGCGCGCCGGUCAUCACGGGAGGCCACUACGAUGUUGACUGCUAUGUGGAGGACCCCCUGGGCAACGUCAUCUACAGGGAAACCAAGAAGCAGUACGACAGUUUCACCUACCGCACCGAGGUCAAGGGCGUUUACCAGUUUUGCUUCAGCAAUGAGUUCUCCACCUUCUCGCACAAGACUGUUUACUUUGACUUCCAGGUGGGCGACGAGCCCCCCAUUCUCCCAGACAUGGGGAACAAGGUCACAGCUCUCACCCAGAUGGAGUCUGCUUGUGUGACCAUCCACGAGGCUCUGAAGACAGUGAUCGACUCCCAGACACAUUACCGACUCCGGGAGGCGCAGGAUCGAGCCCGAGCUGAAGACCUCAACAGCCGAGUCUCCUACUGGUCCAUCGGUGAGACAAUUGCCCUGUUUGUGGUGAGCUUCAGCCAGGUGCUACUGCUGAAAAGUUUCUUCACAGAAAAACGGUCUGCUCACCGUGCCGUCCACUCCUAGCCCAGGCCCCAGGAUGGAGCAGCGCUCCUGGGUGCCAGGUUCUACACACCUGAUUCCUUGCACUCCACAGAGCACCCACAGAACUCAGUGACCCCAAGGCAUCCAAGUGCAAUCUGUGCACAGCAUUGACUGGAAGAACUUACGGCUAGGCAGGGGUUGCGCCAUGAGAGGGCAGUGGGGCCCAUGCCGGGGCCUCCAACACCCCUGAGGGUUUGGCUUCUGCACCAUCAUGUCUGAGUGCUGUGGCCUUGGACCUCCUCCCAGUGGGGAGCAGUGGCGCUCUUCACUCCGGCUUUUCUCCUGUGGGACUCUGCACCUAAGGAAACCAGGCCCUGAAGCAGCUGUGCACAUCUGCCUACUGCAGGCACAGCAGUGUUGGCCAACGGGCAGGACCCAAGUGAGGACCACGUGCCUUGGCCAGCCCUGCAUCUCCCAGGAGGUGGGGCGGGACUAAUAAAGACACCUGUGAGCACCUGCAGGUGUGUGGCUUCUUCGUGGUCCCAGAAGAGCUCAGAGCCCCCCAGGGAGCCUGGGUGUACAGACACGGGGGACAGCAGGCCACUCCUCCCAGGCAGAGAACAGGAACAGGAAGGCCCUUGCUUCCCGUCACUCCAGGCAAUGCUGCAGGAAUACCCUUGUCCUGCGCCUCAUGACCUGCUAGUCCUUGCCGCUGACCGGACGGAGUCCUCCCUGAGUCCUCCGUGCAGCACCAUUUCCCUGUCCUGUGAGGGGAAAAUGAACUCUUCUUGAACAAGGUCUGGAGGGAGGAGGUGACGUAUUGUAAAGAACACGUGCCGAGAGACCUGACACCCGGAGCUGUCUGGCAGGUGUUUAGUGAUACAUUGUAGGAAAGGGGUCAAAGCAAGGUUCAGUCCCCAGUGCUACAAAAUUAAUUAAUUAAUUAAUUAAAAAGUAAAAGGAGCAAAGUAAACUAUCUUUUUUAGAAGCCUGAUGGACUUGAUUGGAAGAUAAAUGCUGCUUAUCUUCCAUA